GCAAACUGCUCAAAUCACACAGGUAGUGAUUGACGGGUGACCUUGGGUCCACAGUUACAGCCCAGAUGUCGUAGAUGAGUUUGGGUUGUUACAUGUAAUGCACACUAGGCUGACGGAUAAUGGAUUAAGGCUCAGGAAAAUUCUUAAUGGUCAUGUUGACUAGGUUCUUGAAUAUGAUAUUAAACAGAAGUAAUACAGAUUUUUCAAGCGUGUCCUUAGAUUUCAGGAGUAAUAAAAACAAAGUCACCUGUGCCCCUUUAAAAUAUGUCCUUUUGUGUCUGUGACAAUGGGCUAUACAAACAAUGAUUCAACCCACUUACUCUGCCCAUAGAGUCUCAUUCUCUAGUUCCUUAUUAAAUACCAGAAGAUGUUCAGUGUGGCUAAUUAUAUAGGUGUUUGUAGAUCAAUUAAACACUUUUUCACACUUUGAACUAUUUCAGACUAACAGGAAAAUUUAUAGAGGAUAAUGUAAUGAACACUCACACCCUCCCUUUCUAACAUGUCAAGUGUAAACUUUUUUCAGAAGUGACUGUUGUAACUAUCUCACAGGGGUACCAUAAAGCUACAGGUAGGUGAUGGAAGAGGAAGAAUUUUAUAAGAUGGUAAAGAUAAAGUUCUAAGUCUAUACAAGAUGAUAUUUCUAAUUGCUUUGUAUUUUGAAAGCAUAAUACCUUCUGAUAAAUUGUGUCAGUGUAAAAGAACACAAAGUGAUUAGUGCCUUUUUUUUUUACACUAGUAAUGUUUUUAAGGUAACAACAGUUUUAUCCUGUUUCAUUGUCUGUUUUUAGAGAAGUAGCUGAUUUUCAGCUUUCUGUGGAUUCUCUAUUAGAAAACAACAAUGACCGCCUAAGACAGGAUAUUCAAGUUCAAGCCACAAGACUGGCAGAGAAGCUAAAAUGUGAUACAGUGGUGAGUGAAAUCAGCACUGGUCAAGGGACUGUAAAUUUCAAAAUAAACAGAGAACUUUUAACAAAGGUAAGAACAGACAGUGCUACAGCAAGUGAUGGAAGAUGGGUCAAAAUAUGGAUUAAAAAGUGAGCUUUUCUCUGGUCUUCCCCCGAAGAAGGUCGUGGUUGAAUUCAGCUCACCUAAUGUUGCCAAAAGAUUUCACGUUGGACAUUUGCGUUCUACCAUCAUAGGAAAUUUUAUAGCAAAUCUCAAAGAAGCUUUAGGGCAUCAAGUAACCAGAAUAAAUUACCUUGGAGAUUGGGGCAUGCAGUUUGGUCUUCUGGGAACUGGCUUCCAACUGUUCGGCUAUGAAGAAAAACUCCAGUCCAAUCCUUUACAGCAUCUCUUUGAAGUUUAUGUGCAAGUUAAUAAAGAAGCAGCAGAUGAUAAAAGUAUAGCAGAAUUAGCACAUGAGUUCUUCCAGCGAUUGGAACUGGGUGACACACAAGCACUUGCCCUGUGGCAGAAGUUCCGGGCCUUGAGCAUCGAAGAGUACGUCCGGAUCUACAAGCGGCUAGGAGUACACUUUGAUGAAUACUCAGGAGAAUCAUUUUACCGUGAAAAAUCUCAAGAAGUUUUACAGUUGCUGGACAGUAAAGGACUCCUACAGAAAACAAUAAAAGGAACAGCUGUGGUGGAUCUUUCUAGGAACGGUGACCCCUCAAUUUGUACUGUAAGGCGAAGUGAUGGGACUUCUCUUUAUGCAACCAGAGAUCUUGCAGCUGCUAUAGAUCGAAUGGACAAGUAUAAUUUUGAUACAAUGAUUUAUGUGACAGAUAAAGGGCAAAAAAGGCAUUUUCAGCAAGUGUUCCAGAUCCUGCAGAUGAUGGGAUAUGACUGGGCAGAAAGGUGCCGGCAUGUGCCCUUUGGAGUGGUGCAGGGAAUGAAGACUCGAAGAGGAGAUGUUACUUUUCUGGAAGAUGUUUUAAAUGAGAUUCAAUUAAGGAUGCUACAAAACAUGGCCUUUACUAAAACCACCAGAGAACUGGAGAGCCCCCGGGAGACUGCCGAGAGGGUCGGCCUCGCAGCACUCAUUAUUCAGGACUUCAGGGGCUUACUCUUAUCUGACUAUCAGUUCAGCUGGGACCGAGCUCUCCAGAGUCGUGGGGACACCGGAGUCUUCCUCCAGUACACGCAUGCCCGCCUGCACAGUCUGGAAGAGACUUUUGGGUGUGGUUAUCUGAAUGACUUCAACCCUGCUUGCUUACAAGAGCCACAGUCUGUUUCGAUACUCCAGCAUCUUCUCAGGUUCGACGAGGUGCUUUAUAGAUCAUCUCAGGACCUUCAACCCAGGCACAUUGUCAGCUACCUUCUAACUCUAAGUCAUCUUGCAGCUGUGGCACACAAAACACUGCACGUAAAAGACAGUCCUCCUGAAGUGGCUGGGGCCAGACUUCAUCUUUUCAGAGCUGUCCGUUCUGUCCUAGCCAGUGGAAUGAAACUCCUUGGAAUAACACCUGUCUGUAGGAUGUAAUUUCUAAUUAAAAUGGCUUCUUAAAUACAAA